AUGGUGGAAGGACCAGGCUGUACUCUGAACGGAGAGAAAAUUCGGGCGCGAGUGCGCCCGGGCCAGGCGGUGACGGACGUGCGGGGGAGCGCCCUGCAGAGCCUGGGAGGCCCGGGCUUGCCUCCCCCGGGGGCUGCAGUGUCUUCCCAGGCCGCCCCAAUGAACGAGAGGGCAGGUUCCAGCCAGCUCGCCGCAAGCCUGUUGAGCGGAUCCGUGUACAGCGGCGUGGAGACGUUGGGAAAGGAGCUCUUCAUGUACUUUGGCCCCGUGGCUUUACGGAUUCAUUUUGGAAUGAAAGGCUCCAUCACAAUUAAUUCGCUUGAGUAUAAAAAUAAAAAUGGAGUUUCUCCUGUGUUGGAAGUCCAGCUCACCCAAGAUUUGAUUUGUUUCUUUGACUCGUCGGUGGAACUCAGAAACACAACCGAGAGCCAACGGAGGGUACGAAUGAUGGAGGAAUUAGAUGUGUGCUCACCUAAAUUCCGCUGCUCCCGAGCUGCGAGGGAAGUGAGACAGCAGGCGGGUCGGAUGCUCUGCGAAGUGUUGCUGGAUCAGAGAGUGCUGCCCGGCGUGGGCAACAUCAUCAAAAACGAAGGCCUCUUCCACAGCGGUCUCCACCCCGCUGCGCAGGUUUCUCAGUUAACAGAUGAACAGAUCCAUCACCUCGUGAAAAUGAUACGGGAUUUCAGCGUUCUUUUUUACCGGUGCCAUAAAGCAGGAUUUGCUGUUUCUAAACACUUUAAGGUUUACAAGCGUCCUUAUUGUGGUCACUGCUGUGGCAGAACUGUGUGUCGCUUAGGAGACAAUAACAGAAUGACACACUUCUGUCCUCGCUGUCAGAAAGAAGAUCCACAACACGUUGACAUAUGCAAGCUGCCAGGGAGAAACUCGGCGGCCGGCCGGCCGGCCAGCACACGGGCCGGUGCGGUGGACCCUGCGGCGGGGGGACGCGAGCAGAGCUGGGCCUGUGCGGUCUGCCUGCUGGCCAGCAAGCCCGCUUCCAACGCGUGUGACGCUCGCCUGACGGCCUGGCCUCCCGAUUCGAUGCUCAAGAGGGAAGAAAAUUCUCCUGCCUUUAACCAUUUAGUGAAGUACCCCUGUAAUAGCUUUGGAAAACCAAGUACCGAAGUGAAGAUCAACAGGAAAACUGCGUUUGGAACUACAACUCUCAUCUUGACCGAUUUCAGCAAUAAAUCCAGCCCUUUAGAGAGAAACAAAAGCCAAAACCAGAUACCAGAUGGGGAACUUCAAAACUCAGCUCCCAAUACCGUUUGUUUUGGUGCUACACCUUCCCGUUCUGAGAAGAGAGCCCACGAUACAGCUCUCCAGCCUCACACAGUAACCGCUUCCCCCACCAGCUGCUCUCAGCCAAAGUUAUUUCGUCCAGCACGUCAAAAACUGAGAACACCCCAGUACUCAUCGCCGAGUCUCGCAAGUGUCAGCCCUGGGCUCUCUAACAGCGGACUUCCGACCGACAAGACGCUCGAUGCUUGGGCGUGCGCCGCUCGCGGCCCUCGCUGCCGUGGACACCAGCGCCCCUGCGUCCUCCGCGUGGUGAGGAAGGACGGCGAGAACAAGGGCAGGCGGUUUUACGCAUGUGCUCUGCCUAGAGAAGCGCAGUGUGGAUUUUUUGAAUGGGCAGACCUGUCCUUCCCGCUCUGCGAGCACGGCAAGCGCUCCGUCCUGAGGACGGUGUGGAAGAUGGGGCCUAACAACGGGAAGAAUUUUUUUGCGUGUCCUCUUGGUAAGGAAAAACAGUGCAAUUUUUUCCAGUGGGUAGAAAAUGGACCAGGAACGAACAGCACUCCAGGAUGCUAA